AUGGACAAUUCAACAAUCGAAAUCACUCUCAAGGUAGAGCCACUUUAUCGCCGGAGGUCCCCUCAUUUGGAUCUAAAUGUCUGGAAACAGGUGGAGCCAAGAGAUCUUCAAGGAAUCAAGGGUUCGAAGACGCCAGGGAAGUCUUCAGUCUCCCAGAACCCGGCUUUUGAGAAGCCUAUUUCGCCAUCAGAAUCCCAAAAAAUUUUUGAAUCCGAGAAAAAAACGAAAAGUCCAAGAGACAAACAGAAUCAAGCUCAAAAGGAAGCAUCGACGGAGGAGAAGACAAAGAAAUCACGGUAAUUAACUGAUGAUUAAAGAAUUCUUUUCAUUCCUUUUCAGGCCGACUAGACGGAGAAAGUCCAAAAAGAGUAAAUCAGAGAAAAACAUGGACAGCUCACACAUUUCAGUAAGUGGAAAACCAGUUCUAGCAUCAGUUAUUAUACAGGGUGUUUCAAGAAAUUUGGAACAAAUGAUUUGCUUAUAUCUUUUUGUUCUUUGCAGCUAUCAACGAAUUUCUUUUUGCUUCUAAAAAUUGACAGCGUGCGUUUUUAGAAUCUCAAAAAAAAAAUUUUUUCGGCGGCGGAGGGCCCAUUUCUCGGCGGAGAAAUUUAGGGCCUUUUUUAAAAAUCACAGCGUAUUACGUGGCGGAAACGCCGUUGCAAUGGCUGAAAUCAAGUUUACGUAAUACCUCCAUCGAUUUUACGGUAUGCAUUUUUUUGUUUUCGAUUUUACGCACUUCCGCGGAUGCGCGGCGGAGACCUCAGAUUUCGGCGGACGUUGUUUUGGGCCUUUGGUUUUUGCAAUUCAUGUUGGAAAAGGAGGUUUGGGUGAUUUUUUGUUGUCAUCCGAUGCACAGAUGGCAAAAAUUUCGUGCUUUUUAUCACCGGCGGAGGAGUCGGCGGAGGCUUUAUCAAAGGGUAAAAACAAAACUCCGCCGAUUUGUCCGCCGGACCAAAAAAAUCAAAAAUCUUUGAAAGACAAUGCUGCUCUGAUGGAUUCUUGUAGCUGAGAUUUUUCCCGGACUCGUAAGACCGCUUUGACCCUUUGAUAAAGCCUCCGCCGAAUCCUCCGCCAGGGAAAAAAAGCGUGAAAUUUUUGUCAUCUGUGCAUCGGAUGACAACAAAAAAUCACCCAAACCUCCUUUUCCAACAUGAAUUGCAAAAACCAAAGGCCCAAAACAACGUCCGCCGAAAUCUGAGGUCUCCGCCGCGCAUCCGCGGAAGUGCGUAAAAUCGAAAACAAAAAAAUGCAUACCGUAAAAUCGAUGGAGGUAUUACGUAAACUUGAUUUCAGCCAUUGCAACGGCGUUUCCGCCACGUAAUACGCUGUGAUUUUUAAAAAAGGCCCUAAAUUUCUCCGCCGAGAAAUGGGCCCUCCGCCGCCGAAAAAAUUUUUUUUUUGAGAUUCUAAAAACGCACGCUGUCAAUUUUUAGCAGCAAAAAGAAAUUCGUUGAUAGCUGCAAAGAACAAAAAGAUAUAAGCAAAUUAUUUGUUCCAAAUUUCUUGAAACACCCUGUACAAUACACAAGUCCAAAACGCGAGUGCCGAAAAGGUCCGCUAAACAAAAAGGUUUCCAAAAGCGAAAUUUUAGCAAAUGGGCGAUAGAGUUUGGGCUGCAACGAAAAUUUUCGGUCAACAACACAUUUUUGCAUGUAAUCGAAUGUGCUGAUUUUGAAAAUCUUGUCCCUUGUUCCGAUAGUUUUAUUUACAGAGUUGAUGAAAACGUGGGCUUGCCGACUGCCUACGAAAACACUUUUUUUAGUAACCAAAUUGCCCCUUGUCAAAACGACAGAUAAAAUAAGCGGUAAUACUAGUUACGGCUAAUAUUAACGGCAUUCAUCAUGGUCUGUGUUAAACUCGCGUUUGAAAGCUUCGUUAUCAGAAGCUUCAAUUUAGCCAAAAUGCCGCUAAUUUGACGUCGUUUUGAAAAAAUCUGUUAAAUUAAAAACCCUACUAAAUCCACUGUUUUUAUAAAGAAUAAAAAAAUAUAAAUUUUUUAAUUACUGUAAAAAAUGUAUCAUAAAGAAUGGAUGUAUUUUUCUUCAAUUGUGUGUAAAAAUGUAUCGUUGACUCGAACUGCCUGACGCGAAAAGUACGGACACGAGAAAAUGGCUGUAUGAAAAUUGCGCGUCCCGACAUUUCGGGUCAGGGACAACUCGGGUCAACGACAACUCAGGUCAACGAUACCGUUUAAUAUUUUCGCUUCGGGACUUGGAAAAAAGAAUUUUUUGGAGAAUUUGAACAAAAUUUUGAAAUGUUUUCGCUUCGGGAAUUGGGAAAAAGGAUUUUUUGGAGAAUUGAGGUUUAUUUUCAAUUUUUUUAGGUAAAUAGUGUUUAUAAGCGUCUAGCAAAUAAGAAAAUCGUAUCCAUUGUUUAUGUUUUUUAACUGGAUUUAAACACAGACAGUGCCAGAGAGCGCGGUAAGAAGAUAGUCGUUUAUAGUCGUGAUUGUAUGCAAUUAAAAGCAAAAACAUUUCAAAAUUUUAUUCAGAUUCUCCGAAAAAUUCCUUUUCCCAAGUCCCGAAACGAAAACAUUUCAAAAAUUUUUGUUCAAACUGUCCAAAAAAUCCUUUUUCCCACGUCCCGAAGCGAAAACAUCUCAAAAUUUUGUUCAAAUUCUCCAAAAAAUUCUUUUUUCCAAGUCCCGAGGCGAAAACAUUUCAAAAAUUUUUCAAAUUCACCGAAAAAUUCUUUUUUCCCAGUCCCGAAGCGAAAAUAUUAAACGGCAUCGUUGACCCGAAAUGUCGUUGACCCGAGAUGUCGUUGACCCGAAGUGUCGCGACCCGAGCUGAUCCUGACCCGAAACGUCGUAGCGCCGAAAAUUGGAAUAAAAAGAAAAAUACAAGAAAUGGGCGGGGUGUGAUAGGCACUAUGGUUUUACUUGAUCGUGACCGAUACCCGAUCUGCCCCAAAUGGAGCCAUAAUCUCAAAUAUUGAUUACUUUUUUAGUACAAGGCUGAUGCAGCAAAGCCCUGUUUCUUGAUCAGUAGUGCAUCUGAUGAUAGCAAGAAUUCAACCUCAGAAAAGGUCAAGAGACCAGACAUUACAGUAGAUAAUCAUCCGGAUGGGUAAGAUACGCAACAUAUUAUAAUUUGACAGUUUUCACUUUUAGUGUGGUCACUCCCCCAGCAAAUGUAUCCAGGGAUGAGACCGUUGUCAGUUUUGCCGAAGUAGACAGUCGUCCUUCUUCGUUGGUCAAGCGUCGAUCCAAAAAGACUCAAGCGACGGAUCCUCUUCUCCAUGGUUCGAAUCAGAUGAUGAUCGACGAAUUCACAAGACAAGCGAUGCUCCAACAGAUGAGGGACUAUUCCCGAGGCAAUUACGAGCUCGUUUCAUGGCUGCUGCUGUUCUUAGCCGCCGUCUUCUUGCUGCUCUACAGAACCGAGAGAAUUGCCGAAACGUGUCAAAAUGCAAAUUUGGCUAAUUGA